AUGGCUGAUGAAUAUGAUUUGAAGAAAAAAUAUGAUUAUAAAGCUAAUAGUAAUCUUGUUCUACAAGUUAACUAUGAUUAUACAGAAAGAAGAAGGAAGAAUGAUCCAACAGGUGAAGUUAUGCCAUUAACAGCAGAACAAUUAGCUUCUUCACGUAUGGGUGAUAAAUAUAUUCGAACAGGGGUUCCAGAAGAAAAAAGAAAUAAAGAGACUAAUAAAGAGAAGGGAGAAAGUAUUAGUAAAACAAUAAACAAGCAUGUUUCUAUUGCUGAUGCUGAUUUAUCUGGAGUAUACUUACCAAAGUCAAAAGAGUCUAAAACAGCAUAUGAUUCUUUAAUUACAAUUUUAUAUGAAACAUUAGGUGACCAACCUAGAGAAAUUUUAUGUGGUGCAGCAGAUGAAGUUUUACGUGUUUUAAAAUCUUCUAAAAUUCAUGAAAAAAAUAAGAAAAAAGAAAUUGAUGAUUUACUUGGUACUAUAAGCGAUGAAUUAAUGAAUAAAUUAAAUAAUUUAUCGAAAAAAAUUAAUGAUUUUGUUAUGGAUGAUGAAGAUAAUAAAACAAAAGCUAAUGAUUUGGAUGAAAGAGAAGGCGUAAAUGUAAAUUUUAGUGAUUCUGAAGAAGAAGAGGAUGAUUACAAUGCUAUUGAAAAUGAUUCUAGUGGUGAAUCAGAAGGUGGUGAAGAAGCAGAUGUAGAUAAAGUUUUAGAAGGUGAUAGCGAAGUUGAUCUUAAUAAAGAAACAAAAGGGCAAUCUUUAAAAGCUAUUGAUAUUGAUGCUUAUUGGAUUCAAAGAGAACUUGAAAAAUUUUAUUCAGUAAAAGAAGUUGCUCAAGAAAAGAGAAAACUAACUAUUGAUAUAUUAAGACAAUCAAAAGAUAUUAGGGAAGUUGAAUCAGAACUUGUAAAUCUCUUGGAUUAUGAAUGCUUUGAUUUAAUUAAAAAACUCAGGGACAAUUGGAAAUUAAUUUUAUAUUGUACUUUAUGGAAGGGUGCUGAAAAAAAUGAAAAAGAAGAACUUGAAAAAGAAAUGAAGAAUGAUCCUGAAUUAAGCAUUAUUUUAGAUGACAUUGAAGGAAAAUUGAAUGACAACACUGAUAAUAAAACAGUAAAAAAAAAUAAAGAAGCAAAUGAUUUAGAAAAAAGUAGCUUAAUGAUGACACGGAAAAUGCUUGAUUUAGAUGAAUUGACUUUUGCACAUGGUGGUCAUUUUAUGAGUAAUAAGAAGUGUAUUCUUCCAGAUGGAUCAUCAAGAAAAGUUCAUAAAGAUUAUGAAAGUGUUUUUGUACCAGCACAAAAACAAAAACCUUUAGAAAAAGGUGAAAAAUUGAUAAAAAUUUCAGAAUUACCAAAAUGGAGUCAACAGGCAUUUGAUGGAUUUAAAUCACUUAAUAGAAUUCAAUCAAAAUUAAUGCCUACUGCUUUGAAAACAGAUGAAGGAAUGCUUGUUUGUGCCCCAACAGGUGCAGGAAAAACAAAUGUAGCUUUGAUGUGUAUACUUCGUGAAGUAUCUAAACAUAUGAAUUCUGAUGGUUCAAUUCGAUUGGAUGAAUUUAAAUGUGUUUAUAUUGCUCCAAUGAGAUCAUUAGUACAAGAAAUGGUCGGAUCAUUCACAAAAAGAUUAGGAUCAUAUGGACUUAUUGUUGGUGAAAUGACUGGUGAUUCAAAUAUGACAAAAGAACAAUUUAUGAGCACACAAAUUAUUGUUUGUACUCCAGAAAAAUAUGAUGUUGUUACAAGAAAAGGUGGUGAUAGAUCAUAUAGUUCUCUUGUAAAACUUAUAAUUAUUGAUGAAAUUCAUCUUCUUCAUGAUGAUAGAGGUCCUGUUUUAGAAGCUAUUGUCAUGAGAACAUUAAGACAAAUGAAUGUAACAAAUGAAGAUUGUCGGCUUGUUGGACUGUCAGCUACAUUACCAAAUUAUGAUGAUGUUGCUGCUUUUCUAAGAGUAGAACCUAAGAAUGUAUUUUUUUUUGAUAAUAGUUAUCGUCCUGUACCAUUAGAACAAGAAUAUAUUGGUAUUACAGCAAAAAAGGGUUUAAAGAAAUAUCAAACUCAAAAUGAGGUACUUUAUGAAAAAGUUUUAGAAAGUGCUGGACAAAAUCAAGUUCUUAUUUUUGUUCACUCAAGAAAAGAAACAGCUAGAACAGCAAAAGCUUUAAGAGAUAUGUUUAUUGAAAAAAAUUCUUUGUCAAAGAUUAUUCAAGAUGGAAGUGCUUCAUCUGAAAUUUUAAGAUCUGAAGGUGAACAAAUUAAAAAUCCUGAUUUAAAAGAUCUUUUACCAUAUGGAUUUGGUGUUCACCAUGCUGGUAUGAACAGAAUAGAUCGUACAACAGUUGAAGAUUUAUUUGGAGAUAAACAUUUACCUAUUCUUGUAUCAACAGCAACUUUAGCAUGGGGAGUAAAUUUACCAGCACAUACUGUUAUAAUUAAAGGUACUCAAGUUUAUAAUCCAGAAAAGGGUUGUUGGACUGAGUUAAGUUCAAUGGAUGUUAUGCAAAUGAUGGGACGUGCUGGCAGACCACAAUACGAUACAACCGGUUUGGGUAUUAUGAUAACUAAUCAUACAGAACUUCAAUAUUAUUUAUCACUUUUAAAUCAACAACUUUUAGUUGAAAGUCAAUUUAUUUCAAAACUUCCUGAAUUACUUAAUGCAGAAAUAGUAUUAGGUACAAUUUGUAAUGUUAAUGAUGCAGUUAAUUGGUUAGGGUACAGUUAUUUAUAUAUAAGAAUGAUGAAAGCUCCAGGAACAUAUGGAAUUGAUUGUGACGAAUUUGAGUUAGAUCCUUUGUUGAAUAGUAGACGUGCCGAUUUAAUUCACACAGCUUGUAUGCAACUUGAAAAAGGUCAUUUAAUUCAAUAUGAUAAAAAAAGUGGUAUUAUAAAGUCAACAGAUCUUGGUAGAAUUGCAUCACAUUAUUACUGUACUUAUCAAACUAUGCAAACAUAUAAUCAACUUUUAAAACCAACAUGUGGGGAUAUUGAUCUUUUUAGAAUAUUUUCAUUGUCUUCAGAAUUUAAAAAUAUAAAUGUUCGUGAAGAAGAAAAGCUUGAGCUUCAGAAAUUAGCAGAAUUAGUUCCAAUUCCAAUAAAAGAAUCACUUGAAGAUCCUACAUCUAAAGUUAAUAUUCUUUUACAAACAUAUAUUUCUCAACUUCAGUUAGAUGGAUUUGCUAUUAUUGCUGAUAUGGUUUAUAUAUCACAAUCUGCAACUCGUCUUUUUCGCGCAAUGUUUGAAAUUACUUGUUGGAGAGGAUGGGCUACUUUGUCACAAAAAAUUUUGUCAUGUUAUAAAAUGGUUAUGCAACGCCAAUGGCAAUCAUUAAAUCCUCUUCAUCAAUUUAAAAGAAUUCCAACGGAACUUAUUAGAAAUAUUGAUAAAAGAAAUUACAGUUUUGAAAGAUUGUAUGAUUUAGAUUAUUAUCAACUUGGUGAAUUAGUUAAACAACCAAAGAUAGGAAAAUCAUUAUACAAAUAUAUUCGUAUGGUACCAAAGUUGAAUAUUUCUACUUUAAUACAACCUAUAACACGAUCAUCAUUAAGAUUUGAAAUUAUUAUAACGGCAGAUUUUAAUUGGGAUGAAAAAACUCAUGGUAAAUCACAAGGAUUUUGGAUAUUUAUUGAAGAUGUUAAUGGAGAAGAUAUUCUUCAUUAUGAAUAUUUCUUGUUAAAACAAAAGUAUUGUCAAGAUGAACACAUUGUCAAAAUGAUUAUUCCUGUUUAUGAUCCAAUGCCACCCUUAUGUUAUGUUCGUGUUGUUUCAGAUCAAUAUAUUGGAAGUGAAUCACUUCUUCCUGUUUCUUUCAAAUCAUUAAUUCUUCCUGAAAAGUCUCAUCCACCAACAGAAUUAUAUGAUCUCCAACCUCAAGUUAUUGAAGCUUUAUCUAAUUCUCAAUAUGAAGAAAUUUUAAAAAGAAAAGGUGUCAAAGUAUUUAAUCCUAUUCAAACACAAUGUUUUAGACCAUGUUAUGAAACUAAUGAUAAUUUAUUUAUUGGAGCUCCGUAUGGUUCUGGUAAAGGUGUUUUAGCAGAAUUAUGUUUACUACGUCAUUUUUCACAAAAUCCUGAUUAUAAGGCUGUAUAUAUUUGUCCUAUUAAUGCUUUAGUUAAAAGAGUUUACAAUGAUUGGAAAUUAAGAAUUGAAAAAGUACUUGGUAUUGAAGUUGUCUUACUUACAGGAGAUCCAACAACUGAUUUAAAACUUUUACAAAAAGGAAAUGUUAUUAUUUCAAAUGCAGAACAUUGGGAUAGUAUUAGUAGAAGAUGGAGACAAAGAAAAAAUAUUCAAGCUGUUAGAUUAUUUAUAGUUAGUGAUAUACAUACUAUUGGUAGUGAUGGAGGACCAACACUUGAAGUUGUCUGUUCAAGAAUGAGAUUUAUGAAUUCACAACUUACUGGAGGUAAUAUACGUUUUGUUGCUCUUUCAGUACCUGUAUUUAAUUCAAGAGAUUUUGGUGGAUGGUUAGGUGUAUCAGCUCAAAAUACAUUCAAUUUUGCUCUUACAUCUCGUCCAAUACCAUUAGAAACACAAAUAAAAAGUUUCAAUAUUUCACAUACACCAUCUCGUCUUGAUGCUAUGAUAAGACCAGUAUAUUCUGCAAUUGUUAAUCAGGCUGGAAAUAUAUCAGGAAAACCUGUAAUUGUUUUUGUUCCUUCUAGAAGACAGACAAAUGCUAUUGCUAUGGAUCUUAUUACAGCAGCUCAUGGUGAUGGAAAAUCUACUAAAUUUUUACAUAUACCUUCAGAUGAUGAAGUUUUUGUAGGUAUGCUUAAUAAAAUAUCUGAUGAAAAUUUAAAAGAAACAUUAGGAUUUGGUAUUGGUUAUUUACAUGAAGGAACAAUAGAAAAGGAUAGAAAUAUAGUUGAAAAAUUGUUUAUAAGUGGUGCUAUUCAAGUUGUUAUUGUAUCUCGAAAUUUGUGCUAUGAAAUUAAUAUUACUAGUUAUUUGGUUAUUAUAAUGGAUACUGUUUAUUAUAAUGGACAAUAUCAUACAUAUGAAGAUUAUUCGAUGGCUGAAUUACUUUAUAUGAUAGGAUUAGCUAAUCAACCAGAAAGAUUUUCAGAUGCUAGAUGUGUUGUUAUGUGUCAAAAUUCAAAGAAAUCUUAUUAUGCUAAAUUUUUAAAUGAUAUGUUACCUGUUGAAAGUCAUCUUGAUCAUUGUCUUCAUGACCACUUUAACGCUGAAAUAGUUACAAAAACUAUUGAAAAUAAACAAGAAGCUGUUGAUUUUAUUACAUGGACAUUUCUUUAUAGAAGAUUACCUAAAAAUCCUAAUUAUUACAAUCUUAAAGGUACAUCAAAUAGCCAUAUAUCAGAUAGUUUAUCUGAUUUAGUUGAAAAUACUUUAAAUAUGUUAGAACAAGCAAAAUGUAUAACUAUUAAAGAUGAUUUUUAUGUAUCACCAUUAAAUCUUGGAAUGAUUGCUGCUUAUUUUUAUAUUAGUUUUACAACAGUUGAAGUGUUUAAUUUGUCAAUCAAAGAAAAAACAAAAAUUAGAGGAAUUCUUGAAAUUAUAUCUAAUUCAACCGAAUUUAGUAAUAUUAUUAUUCGAUAUCGUGAAACAAAUGUUCUUAAACAUUUAUGUGAUAAAUUACAAAAUCAGUUAAAAUCUCAAAAGUUUAAUGAUCCUCGUGUAAAAACAAAUCUUCUUCUAAAUGCAUAUCUUAAUAGAUUAAGUUUAUCUGCUGAAUUAAAUAAAGAUAUCAAUGAAAUUGUACCAAUUGCAACAAGAUUAGUUCACGCUUGUGUCGAUGUUAUUACAUCUAAUGCUUGGCUUAAACCUGCUAUUGCUGCAAUGGAGUUAUCUCAAAUGUUAACACAGGCUGUCAAUCCUAAUGAUCAUUAUUUAAAGCAAUUGCCUCAUUGUACACCAGAACUUAUUGAAAGAGCUAAAGAGAUGGGUAUAAAUUCAAUAUUUGAUUUGUUGGAAAUGGAAGAUGAUGAUCGUAAUAAACUUUUACAAAUGGAUAGAUCAAAACUUAAUGAUGUAGCUCAGUUUUGUAAUUAUUAUCCAUCAAUUGAAGUUUCUUAUGAUAUAUCUGAAAAAUCACCAAUUGUUGGUGAUACAGUUUCUGUUGAUGUAUUAAUGGAACGUGACAAUGAUAUUGAUGGUUUAGCACCACCAGUUGUUGCACCAUUUUAUCCAGUAAGUAGGAAAGAUGAAGGAUGGUGGCUUGUUAUAGGAGAACCUGAAGCUAAUACAAUUCUUGCUGUUAAAAGAGUUACAGUACAUGCAUCUUCAAAAGUUAAAUUAGAUUUUAUUGCUCCAACUCCUGGAAAGCAUGAUUUGAAAUUAUAUUUUAUUUGUGAUUCAUAUCUUGGAGCUGAUCAAGAAUUUGACUUUAAGAUACAUUCUAAUUCUGAAUCAUUGAAUGGAGAUGAAAUAGAGGCAAAACGAUGCAGACUUGAUAGUGAUUAA